GAAAAGCCUAUUCUGCACGCUAUAUACACACGUUCCGGGUUAUAUCUCAAUGAGCAGUUCUCAAAUAAUCUGUCAAGAGCUAUCCUCGAGCCUGCUCUUCCGCCACCCCCGAGGCUCCGGAGGCUGCCAAAGGGUCUUCGUUCAGUUAUAGAGCCUGCAGCGCAACUAGUCUGAUCCCAACUAUCUUGCGUUCGGUUCUUCUGUCCCAUUUCACACAUCAUGGAACAUUUAGAAGUUCUCCACGGUCAACGACGAUCCCCGCGUGUCGGCAGCAACUACCCCGAGACAAUGGAGCCCCGGAUCGACAUCAUCAAUCCCGGAUUUAACCCUGCGUCAGCAAGCUCGGAGGGAUAAUAUCGCGAACAUGAGGGCGCUAGAUUUCACGGCGCCGUAUACAUAACUACUUCGUGCUUGCCACAUGAGCCAUCACCUCGCCCCAAAUCACCCAAAUUCCUCAAGAUGCAUCCCUGGAAGCACAACUUUCGCGGCAAGACGCUCAUCUUCGCAGUCACGGCGGCAGCAUGCCAGGCCUUCUUGCUGUUAGGUUUCGACCAAGGCGUUAUGGCCGGUAUCAUCGGCGCAGAUAAUCGCUUUGGUCGCGACUUCAAUAGCCCUGAUGCCGACAUGCAAGGUAAUAUUACGGCUCUUUACGACAUAGGCUGCGUUGUCGGCUCCAUCGCCUGCUACUUCAUCGGCGAACAUUUCGGUCGACGGACGAUGCUUAUGGCUGGCGGAAGCAUCAUGAUCGUAGGGGCUGUAAUCCUGGCUUCCUCCGAUACAGUUGCGCAGUUGAUCGUUGGACGCAUAGUAACCGGGAUCGGAAACGGGAUGAACUCGUCUACCGCGCCAGUAUACUUGACGGAGUGUGCUCCUCCAUCUUACCGAGGUGCUCUCUUGACGCUUCAGGGAACUGUAACCAUUCUGGGUGUGGUAAUUGCGUACUGGAUGGACUACGGUACCAGCUUCAGCGAAUCAUCCUUCCAAUGGCGCUUCCCUCUAGCCUUCCAAGCACUAUUCGCUAUCCUCCUAGUCCUUCAGAUCAUUGGCCUCCCCGAGACACCUCGAUGGCUCGUCCAGCACGACCGGUACGAAGAAGCACGCGCCGUAACCGCGGCGCUUGAAGACAAAGACCUCGACCAUCCAGACGUCAACAGUAUGAUCCUCAAUAUACGCAUCGGCCUCGAAGAGGAGCAAAAAGGUGGCCCCUUCCGAUUCAGGGAGCUGUUCACCUGGGGCCAGACGCAGAACCUGCGACGACUGCUCAUCGUCAUCUCUAUCCAACUUGGACAACAAUGGACGGGAAGCAAUAUGAUAAAUUACUAUGCACCCGUCAUUUUCCAGAACAGUAUGCACCUGAGCCGGGAUCUUUCCCUGAUACUAGGAGGCGCCGCCCAGUGCACCUACCUCGUGGGCUCAGCUAUACCAGUCUUGCUGAUGGACCGCUUUGGGCGCCGGAGUUUACUUAUGGCUUGCACGGCGGGUUUGUGCUUCUGCUUCGUAAUGGUCACUAUUCUAUUGUCGCUUGGGACGGAGGGUCCUGCAUAUGGAGCUACGGCUUUUAUCUUCCUCUUUCAGCUAAUAUAUGGCAUUGGCUGGCUUCCAGUACCUUGGUUCUAUCCUUCGGAGAUAAGUACGACUAGGACGCGAACAAAGAUGCAAGCGAUAGCGUCAGGAUGGAACUGGAUGUUCGUCUUCACCGUAGUGAAGAUUACGCCCAUUUCCUUCGACAACAUCGGAUGGCGCACUUUUAUCAUCUUUGCGGUCCUCAACGCUGCCUUCAUCCCGAUGGUAUACUGCUUCUACCCCGAAACGAAAGGAAUCACUCUCGAAGAUAUUCCGCUGCUGUUUAACAAGGGAGGAGUCACAGGCGGCGUGUUGGCGAGCAAGGGUGGGAGGACAGUCACUCCGCAUCAGCACGCUCAGGAGGCGCACGUGGAUGAGAAGAUGGCUAGCAGGCAGGUGGAGGACGGCGCUGAACUGCCGCAGGCGUAAUCAGCUGCAUGCUUGGACCGAGUCAGCGCCGGCUCGUGUCGGAGUCGGCUUACCGGUCACACAUUCCUAUGCCGGUAAAUAGGGGAACUGGGCGUAAUCUUACUUGUUACAUCCGCUCGUCCAGUUUCGAAUCCACUUGUCAUCU